CGCUAGCUCCUAGCGGCCCUUGCCGGUCGGGGCGAAGCACAGGAGCUUUUACCUUGUGCGCUGGCCAGACCGGGGCUUUAACAGUUCGUCCUUCGGCCCCAGUAGGGGGCUGUUAGGGGAUGCUAGACCCUGAGCACCUCAAAAAUCACAUGUUUUAAAUGAUACCAUGAUAUUCCGUGUCCAUCGGUCCCUCCUGCGGAAAGACCCCCUGUGCUUCGGUACACGCGAACCUUGAUUGCAGCCUGGGGAGGCGGAACACACAGACCCCUGCGAGCGUAGAUUGCAGUACUGCGUCCCAGUUUUCCUCGCCCUGGCACGCUACUUCACCUGCAGCAUGCGGAGUUGCCACGUCCGAACACAAAAACUGCAGUGACUCUUCUUGCGUCACCUUAACAAUAAAAGUGAAUGCUAACGUUACCUUAUCUCCACCACCUCUCAAUCAGUACUCUCAAAGUAUUUGGCACGGUAUUACCUUAAUAACACCUCUUCUUCCCUUGGGAGGGAGGGAGCACUGGCAGUUGCUGGGCAAUUUGAAGACUACUGUUGAAGGUUUGGUGUCAGCCAAUAGCCCCAAUGUUUGGUCCAAGUAUGGUGGCCUGGAGCGGCUUUGUAGGGACAUGCAGAGCAUUCUCUAUCAUGGGCUCAUACAUGACCAGGUUUGUUGCCGCCAAACUGAUUACUGGCAAUUUGUGAAAGACAUCCGGUGGCUUAGUCCCCACUCAGCCCUUCAUGUAGAGAAGUUCAUCAACUUACAUGAGAAUGGCCAGAAUAAUGCCGAUGGUGUGAGUGAGCAUGCUGUUGCAGAGUUGUGGCUACAGCACAGCUUACAGUGCCACUGCCUCUCAGCCCAGCUUCGACCUCUGCUUGGGGAUAGACAGUAUAUUAGAAAAUUCUACACAGAUACUGCUUUCCUGCUAAGCGAUGCCCACGUCACAGCCAUGCUUCAAUGCCUGGAAGCUGUGGAACAGAACAACCCCCGCCUCCUGGCUCAGAUUGAUGCAUCUAUGUUUGCCAGAAAGCACGAGAGCCCACUGCUGGUAACAAAGAGCCAGAGCCUGACAGCUCUGCCUGGUUCUACAUGUACCCCUCCAACCAGCUAUGCUCAGCAUUCCUACUUUGGGUCCUCCUCUGGUCUCCACCAAUCUGUGCCCAACCACAGUUCAGAAAGAAGAUCUACUUCCUUUUCCCUCUCCAGCAUUCCCCAGAAACCUCAAGAAAGCAGAGGACACCUCUCACUAGCAGAGGAUCAAACCAUCCAAGCUCCCGAGCUUUCAGACUCUGCAGUAGCCAGGGAUUCUGCAUUGACCCCAAAUGAGAUGAGCUCCAGCACUCUGACCAGCCCUAUAGAGGCAUCCUGGGUUAGCAGCCAGAAUGAUUCGCCAAGCGAUGCCAGUGAGGGACCUGAGUACCUGGCCAUUGGCAACCUGGACCCCCAUGGCCGGACUGCCAGCUGUCAGAGUCACAGCAGCAAUGCUGAAAGUAGCAGUUCCAAUUUGUUCUCCUCUGGUAGCUCCCAGAAGCCAGAUUCUGCUUCUUCUUCUUUAGGGGACCAAGAGGGUGGGGGGCAGAGUCAGCUGUCCAAUGUCCUUCGAAGAUCUAGCUUCUCAGAGGGGCAGACUGUCACUAUCUCCAGUGGGACAAAGAAGAGCCAUAUUCGUUCCCAUUCAGAUACCAACAUUGCCUCCAGAGGAGCCCCAGGAGGCCCCAGGAAUAUCACCAUUAUAGUUGAAGAUCCCAUUGCAGAGGGUGGUCAGUACCUGUGCUCAGGAGAGGGCAUGUUCCGAAGACCAUCAGAAGGACAGUCCCUCAUCAGCUAUCUCUCUGAGCAAGACUUUGGUAGCUGCGCAGACCUUGAAAAGGAGAAUGCACACUUCAGCAUUUCAGAGUCCUUGAUUGCUGCCAUCGAGCUAAUGAAGUGCAACAUGAUGAGCCAAUGCCUAGAAGAAGAGGAAGUAGAAGAAGAAGACAGUGAUAAAGAAAUCCAGGAACUGAAACAGAAGAUCCGCCUUCGGCGCCAGCAGAUCCGCACCAAGAAUCUGCUCCCUAUAUACCAGGAGACUGAGCAAGGAAGCUUUCGGGUCACCUCCAGUAGCUCCCAAUUUAGUUCCCGUGAUUCAGCACAGUUCUCUGAUUCUGGCUCUGGUGAUGAAGUUGAUGAAUUUGAAAUCCAAGAUGAUAGCGAAGGAUCUAACCUGAAUCACAUGUCAAAGAACGGACUCUCAGUGUCAAUGGCCUCCAUGUUUUCAGAUGCUGACAUCAGAAGGUGCACAGCCUCAAACAGCAAACCCUUCAUUUCUUCCCAGUCCUUUUCCCAUUGCUUCCUGCAUUCCACUUCUGCUGAGGCGGUGGCUAUGGGGCUCCUGAAGCAGUUUGAGGGGAUGCAGCUUCCAGCUGCCUCAGAGUUAGAGUGGCUAGUCCCGGAACAUGAUGCCCCUCAGAAGCUCCUGCCCAUCCCUGACUCACUGCCCAUCUCACCAGAUGAUGGGCAGCAUGCGGACAUUUAUAAACUGCGUAUCCGCGUUCGUGGCAACCUGGAGUGGGCCCCACCCCGGCCUCAGAUAAUCUUUAAUGUUCAUCCAGCACCAACGAGGAAGAUUGCUGUGGCCAAGCAGAAUUACCGCUGUGCCGGAUGUGGCAUCCGGACUGACCCUGAUUAUAUCAAACGGCUGCGGUACUGUGAGUACUUGGGAAAGUACUUCUGUCAGUGCUGUCAUGAGAAUGCUCAGAUGGUUAUCCCUAGCCGGAUUCUGCGCAAGUGGGAUUUCAGCAAGUACUACAUCAGCAAUUUCUCUAAGGACCUGCUCAUUAAGAUAUGGAACGAUCCUCUCUUCAAUGUGCAGGACAUUAACAGCACUCUCUAUAGAAAGGUCAAGCUGCUCAAUCAAGUCCGACUGCUGCGGGUCCAGCUGUAUCACAUGAAGAACAUGUUUAAGACAUGCCGACUGGCCAAAGAGCUUCUGGAUUCCUUUGACACAGUCCCAGGCCACCUGACAGAGGAUCUCCACCUGUAUUCCCUGAGUGACCUGACCACAACCAGGAAAGGGGAGCUGGGGCCCCGGCUUGCCGAGCUCACCAGGGCAGGGACUGCCCAUGUAGAGCGAUGCAUGCUCUGCCAAGCCAAGGGCUUUAUCUGUGAGUUCUGUCAGAAUGAGGAGGAUAUCAUCUUUCCUUUUGAGCUCCAUAAAUGUCGGACCUGUGAAGAGUGUAAAGCAUGUUAUCAUAAAGCUUGUUUCAAGUCUGGAAGCUGUCCCCGGUGUGAGCGGCUACAGGCGCGGCGGGAGUUGCUGGCCAAGCAGAGCCUGGAGUCCUACAUGUCAGACUAUGAAGAGGAACCCACUGAAGCCUUGGCUCUAGAAGCCACUGUCCUGGAGACCACAUGAAGAAAGCACUUUAAGCCCUCUGUCUAGGGCCUGGGAUCACAUAUAAUGCAGAACUGAGCCACUGUUAUGAGGACUUUCCCCAGUUGGGGCUUUUUAAAAAAUUCAUUAUCAUUGUUUUUUUUUUUAUUUUAAUAACUUGUCUGACGUCCAUGUGUCAUCAACCUUUGUUAGGUUGAUGGGUCCAGUCUCUUGUGACAGAUAAUUUGACCAGGUAUUUCCAUCAGAACUGACAUGCGGGUCUUUAGAGCUUCUAGUGCCUCUUGUCAGGGGAAUGGACAGUGAAAACCAAUUCUUCUGACAUCCAUGGCCUUCUUCACUAGGAUGGGAUUGGUUGUAGAUGCAUCUGAUUUCCACUUUUACUUUGUUUUUGUACUGGAGCUUCUGAACCAGGCCUUUCUCAACCAACUCUUCUCCUUUGCUGCUGAAACAAGGGGAUAAGUUUUCUCUCUCCCAGUCCUGCAAUAGGAUCAGACUGUGUCCUAGAGAAGCAGCAGAGAAUGGACAUUCUCUCCAGUUUGAUUGGGUACUCUGGGAGCCAAAGAACAGAUCAUUACCUUCCCAGAAUCCUUAGAGACCUCAAGGAAGCAGCCAUCAUUUUCCUGUUUGAAAUAUUCUGAGCAUAGAUGAUGUCACAAGCUAAAUUUCUUUAUCUACUCUGCUGGGCUAAAGCAAAGAACAGAACUGAGGCUUAGGCCAAUCUAAUUUGUAGCCUACACCACAAGCAUAAAUGAGGCUCUGUUACAGAAGGAGCAUGUAUUUAUUUAGAGGAGCUGUUGGCCUCCUCUUAAGUGGUCAGGUCUCCUUAAUUAACCUAACUCAAAAUGAGUGUAGGUAUGAUAUUUCAAGCUCAGGCAAGUCCCUGAUGCCAUCCUAAGUGAGGACAGAAACCCCACCCACCAUCUUACUAGUGGGUUCCUUGCUGCUCUGUCCUGUUUAGUGGUCAUUGUAGUUCUGAAUAAAGCCCAACUUCAUUCUCUGUCCCCUUCCUGCAACAGGGCUGGGACCCUCUGUGGUAACUGAUCUCUUGCCUUAUUUUCUUUUCUCAGAGUUGGGGUUAAACAUUCCCCCAUUGGUAGUAUUAGAGAACUUGACAAUUUGUGGAUGUGAAUGUGAAUGUUCCUGUGUUCUUGGAAUAACAAGAACCUUUCUGCCGAUUAUGCACUUAACUCUAUCUAGCCUGAUGAUAUUCAUUAGUUCAGUCAUCCUUUUCAUAUUAUAAUUUUAACAUACUCCCACUCCCCACUUUAAUGUGUAUUUUGACAGGAAAAGGUCUUGGAUGGGACAGGGUAUAGGUUCGAGCUAUAAGUUGCUAUAGUUCCUAACCUCAAUGUAAAACACUGGUCAGGGUUGCUUUUCUGAGGGCUGGCAGCUCUGUGAACUAAAGCCCACAGCAUUUUUGUUCUGGGACCAACUUCUUCCUGUAUACCUGUUUUCCCAUGGUUGGUUGCUAGUGGAAAACAAGUGGCUUGGGUACUUCCCCAGGAAACCAAACAGCAAGUUGCACAAGGUUGGUGGAAGCCAAUAAGUGCCUGAGCUAAAUGUACCAAGGAGUCUCACAAAGAAGUGAAAGGGGUGUUAAGGUAAUAGCCAAAGCUGAGGCUCUACCAGAACAAGAGGGAACAUGUGGGAAUUGGCCCACAGUGUUGAUUCCUCUUCCUCAAACUUGGGCUCAGAGGGCUACGUCAGGCUAGAGACCCUGAUGCUGUUCUUUGAGUACAUGGUGAAGCUCUGAAAGCCAAGCUUUGAAGGACUAGAACUUCCAGGAACUUUGGGAAUGACCCUACAUAAUUGAAGUCUCACUAAGGAUUAGGCCCCAGAUUUAGGCUGAGAGAUUUGUUACGUAUGAUGAGCUCUACUUCCAGUUUUGGUUUAAGUUUCAAAUCCAGCUCCUUGCUCCAAGUCACUACACUGGAGGAGAGAGAGACUCUCUUAUUGUCUAUCCUGCUUUUUUCAUAUCAACAUAGGAUCAAAGCUGAAUCCAACAAUCUGACAUGCUCCUGAGUUUUCACUGUUUUUCUCUACCUUCCUGGCCCCAUCCCUUUACAUUGUGUGUUUUGGUGGCUUGGACACUAUGCUAUCAUAACUGUCCAAAUACUCAUUUAUUUAUUUGAGAGAGGGCAGAGGAUAGGAUGUUUUGAAAGCACUUUGCAACUUAACAGUAUCUGAGAAGCUCCUGCUGAUGUGGGGAGAAUCUUCUGAAUGCACUUAAGAGAGCUUCUUCUAAAUAAAGCAGGAGGGGGAAAAGUAUUCUUUUCUGUACAUAAAGGGGGGGGGAAUGUUUACUUACAAGGUGGGGACAAGAUUCAAGAAAGUGCAGAAGGCAAACAUUUGUCACUUAAAUGAGGCCAUUACUAACUUUCUUUGCCAAAGUUUUAGAGCUUUUGUUGAAUUAAAAGGAGCAAAAAUCUAAAUAGAGAUGUUCUGUGAGUGUACAACUCAUGUUUUGAACUGGAUUGAUAUCUACUUGCUAUAGUUGUCACACAGUCUGACAGUUCAUUGUCAUCUUUAAUAAACUAAGGAAAUAAAAUUC